ACAUAACACCGCUGCCUCUACCCCUCUCCACCGCCAAGCGCCUCAUCUCACAUGUCUGCCGCUCGGUUGAUGCCCUGCACAGCACUUCCAUGAGCCAGUACCAGUGUCGUGGUAAAUCUCUCUCGGGUGACGCACACCGAAGUUUUGGAUUCGACAACUGUGAUUGAACAGUCCCUUGUCUUAGAUGUCGCCAUCGCCCGUCUCCGCAGGUCACAACACUGCUCACUGCACUGCCUGCUUUCCUAAUACUCGGGUUAGUGGGUGGCGCGUCUUGGGAGGAGACGACUCACUCACUUGGUAAACUUAUCAUCACCAAAAUGACGCAGAUCAAGUUUACGCAGGUGUUGUCAUACUCCAGUCAAGAUGCUAAUCAUCCAGCAGACAACUUGCUGCGGGCAGACACAUAUCGAAAGUGGAAGUGUGCCCCAAAUACAUCUGAUAAAAUGGCCUUUGUAAUCUUGAAGUUUGAUCAGCUGACAUCUAUCAACUCUCUUGAUAUUGGUAAUGAUGGAUCAGCACUCAUUGAGGUGUUGGUGAGCAGGGAAGGAAUGAAUGAUUACCAGGUGCUGCUUGUUUCAUCUGCCUUCAUGAGUCCAGCAGAAUCAAGAAAUGGUACAGACUUACACCGAGUGCGCAUGUUUGGACCUGAAAAAUUGAACAAAAAUGUUGCUGAACAAAAAUGGGAUCGAUUGAAGGUUGUCUGCACACAGCCAUUCAAUACAAAGAUGCAGUAUGGACUCUCUUUCAUUACUGCCAGAUCUCUUGAGAAUGGGAAGCAAGAGUCAUCCCAAAAGAUAACCCAACUUGGAAAAUUCAAACUCAGAAUGGAAGAUGAUUCUGAUUCCAUAACCAUAGGCUCUAUGUUUGCCAAGAGGAAUGAGAAAACUCCAUUGCCCUCAACUGAACCAGGAUCAAUUAGAGCAGCAUCAAGAGAAAUAGCUGCUGCUGCUUCUUCUUUAGAGACUCUGAAGAGAAAGGACCCACCAUCAGAUGGAAAUCCAAGUCAACUUAAGAAAAAAGGAGCUGCAGAGUCAGUGAGGUCACCCAUAAUCAAAAACACUCCAUCAAGCUCUCAUACAACUAAUGAGAGUAAAGGAAAGCAAAAUGAGAAGCAAAGCAAAGCCAGUUCCAAACCAGAAAAAACAGAAGGAAAACCAACCUCAAAGAACAAUGGAGGAAGAGAAGAGAAAGAAAUGAAGAAGAAAGAAAAUAAAAAGAGGAAUAAAGAAAAUUCUAACAGUAAACCUUCAUCAUCAAAAGCUGACACCCAGGAGACUCAGAGAAAGAAAUCAAAACCUUUUAGUUCCCUCAUGGAUAAUGUUGUGUUUGUAAUGAGUGGCUAUGAAAACCCUGAGCGUUCUGUCCUCCGGGACAAACUGAUAGAGAUGGGCGCCCAGUACAGAUCUGAUUGGAAGCCCGGAUGCACCCACCUCAUAUGUGCCUUUAUCAACACCCCAAAGUACCGGCAAGCAAAGGGGAAGGGAAAGAUCGUCACAGGAAAGUGGAUUACAGAGUGUUACAAGAAUAAAAUUAGAUACCCAUGGAGAAGGUAUGGACUAGAAAAGCAUAAAGAUGGAAUAGAAAGUGAAGAAGAGAUUUGGGCUGAAGAACUUUUACCAAAAGUGUCACAACCAAAACCCGAAGCAGCUUCACCUCCAAGGCCUACAUAUAAUUCAGAUAUGGGAGAUGAUUGCUAUUAUAGUAAUGAUGAAGAUACUGAUGAUGAGAUCCAGAAAGUCAUUGAUAAACAACAAAAGAAUAAACCUGAUGUUACCAGUGACAAUGAAGCAAGGACCACCAACAGUUCUAAAAGGAACAGUGGUGGGUCAUCCUCAGAAAGAGACAAAGUCAUAACCAUCAAGCCAUCUGAGAAGGAUAGUGAAAGACAUGAAUAUGAAAGAAGUCACCAUCCUGAAAAUAAUAAAGAUUGUUCAACAACUAAUGGCAUUAAGGACAGCAGUGAUGAAGAAAUCUAUGAUGAUGACACCGAUAUAGAUGAAGAACUACCAGACACUUCUUCCCUGCCAUUACCCACACUUGGAGACUAUUUCAAAGGGAAAAGUUUUUUCUUUUAUGGUGACAUGGCAGAAGACACAAGGAAACUCCUGACACGCUUCAUAACAGCUUAUGCUGGAGAAAUUGAAGACUACAUGACUGAGAAAGUUAAUUUUGUACUCAGUGAUAACAGAUGGGAUGAAAACUUUGAAGAGGCUCUGAAUGACAAUCCAGCCCUUCAGUUUGUCAAACCUCAGUGGAUCUGGCAGUGCUGUGAUAAAAAGAAACUUGUUCCGCACCAGCCUUUCCUGAUCGUACCUUAGGAGUAAGUAAAGGUUGGUAUAUCCAUUUUGAAUAAAAAGUACAAAUAUUCAGAAAAUGUUGAAACUUAUUUUAAAAUGUAUCUACAUGAACCAGAGAAAAUAUUGUGUUCACUUCAUGUGCAUACCAGAGUAUUUUUUUAAAUAUUUACUGUUCAGGUUCAUGGUUAUUGCCAUUUACAUGGCUUCUGCAGGCUAGAGCACAUCAGUUCUAUAAUGUUAUACAAUACACUGCCAAUACUGAAUGGAAAUAUGAAUAAUAAAUGUGUUUUUUUAGUUUUCAAUGAUAAGUUUGUCAUAUUGCUAAUUUUUAUACUUCAUAUUAUUUCUAGAUAAAAACUUGUGAAGUGUGAAACUUGUUAAUGCCACCUAAUUGCUUGUUUCACCUUCAUAUUUUUAUAGUAUAAUUGAAUUUAGAACUUGUAUAUUCAUAUUUACUAAAAUUAUAUUCAGUUUCUCAGAAUUAUGAAUUUAGAAAAAGGAGAAAUAAACUCAAAUAAAAUUAAAUGUGAGGUUUGUCCACACAACAUGUCUCCACAAAGUUCAUCCUAUUUAGAGCAGUCUCUAGACUAGGAAUCCAUUGGAGACUGGGAUUUGUAGCCCAGAUCAAUUCUGUAAAGGAUGUGAAGGUGGUAUUCUUGUAGGCCACCUGUGGUUGGGAGAUAUACUUGGCUGGUGAUGUCCAGUUUGUAUAUUUACUGAGUAUUGCUCACUUAUAAUUCGCAGAAGCUUUUAUGGACAACAGGAACUGACGUGUUACUCGCUGGGAUGUUAUUAGUAUUCUGUUUGAAUCGAGAUGGUGGCUUCCCUUAUCUGUUUGAGUGUGAUGACAUGACCUCCAUGGUAUUUUGCUGUUGGUAGAUUCUAUAUAUUGCAACUAAUUAAUCAGGUAUAAAUACAAAAUCACUUCACUCAAAUUAAUUAUAUUUUAAAUUUUACCCAGCCUUGAUUUUUUAUUUUUUUAACAUUUUGCCAACACACACACACACACACACACACACACACACACACACACACACACACACUUUAUACACAAUUGGCACACCUCAUAACUAGAACUACCACACAUUGAAACACUUGUGUAGAGUAGAAAAGAGGCAUACAUGACCUGCAUGACAGGAGCUUCAGAAAAAUUAGAACUAACAGCUACUAAAUUUUUAUUAGUAGAGGAUAUCUCUGUGCACAUCAUACAAAGAACAGCCCCAAGUUUGGGGCUGUUUUUAUGUCAAGGAUAUUUUUGGAAUAAAGUUCACUUUAUACCACUGGAACCAAUCUUUGAUGAGGUUUGCAUUAUGACAGUGCACCAUCUUGUUGCAAGAUCUUGGCACUGGUAGCCACUAAACAUAUUGACUAACAUAUGAUUCAGGAUCUUCAGGUAUACCUUAGUGUUUACUCUUGGACCUUUUGGAAGGAAAAAAGGACAGCUAAGUUACCAGAAGUGUACUCAUACCAUAAGGUAAAGAGAGUGCUUAACAGUCACUACUGUAAGUGAUGCAUAAAGGGGACACCAUAUGUACUUUGAUUUUCCUGCCAUUACUAAUUUAGAAAGUGGGCUUAUAAGUAUCUUCCAAUCCAUCACAUCCCACCUUUUUAAUCAUUGAAAAUAUUGCUUCUCUUUCAUUGUCUUGCAGUAAGGUUACAUUACCUAUAUAUAUGACUCUUAAUGGUACAAAAUACCAUAUUUCCAAGCAGUUUUGGUUUCUGUAUAUUUAGCUAUUUGGCUUUAAGCCCAUGAUUCACAUCCAGCUGCUUUUUAAUAGCUCUGAAAGUGUGAUCAUAAAUUUUUGGGGUGUGCCUACCUCCAUGUUUGUAGUAAGGGACCUCUGUGUGUGUGUGUGUGUGUGUGUGUGUGUGUGUGUGUGUGUGUUAUGUUAGCCUAUAGCACCUGUAGGCAAUAUUUUUUGAGUAAUGCCUGUUGCCCAGAAAAGCUCUGCAGCACACACAGUUGGAAAUAUAUCUCAUACAGCAUGUAGAUGAUCACUGGCCAUUUGAUGAUAGAGAAAAAAAAUUACCAGCUCCUGAUGGGACUUAGACUUGUUCACCAGUUAGCCACAAAUGAGUAUACAAUUGCAGAUUUUUCUAAUGAUCAAAAUAAAUACAGUGAAACCAA